GCCCAUUUCACAACUUUGAAAACCCUUUUAGUAUAAAUUGUCUAUAUACAUAGUGGUUCUUGAACGGGGUUUUGCAGAUUUUCUACAGGAACCAGGUUUUGGCUUAUGAUAAAAAAAAGUGACAGGAAUGUCAAGUGUUGUAGUUUAGUAUUGAUAGAGUAUAAUCAUUUCGUUGUCUAAAAUGAUGAAUGUUUUUAUAACCUGCCUUGCUGCUUGUCUGUUGCACAUGUUGCACAGUGCACCUACCUCCAUAUCUUGGUGCUAUCACAAGGCUUCAUGUAGUGACAUCGUUUGGCCCAUAAUCGCAGAAAAAGACUGUAAUGGCACUCAACAGUCUCCCAUUGACAUUGUAACCACCAAUGUGCAGGCUAAUACUAAUCUGACUCAUUUCACCUUCACUGGCUACAAUGAAAAUUCAACCUUAACUGAAAUCACAAACACUGGCACCACAAUUCAAGUUACACUUGAUCACAAGAAAAUGCACGUGGAAGGAGGUGAUCUGCCAGGCCUGUUUGCCAGUACUCAGUUUCAUUUUCACUGGGGUAGUGGCAGCGCCACCCCUGGAUCUGAACAUAGUGUGAAUGGCAAACAAUACCCUAUGGAGUUGCAUAUCUUGAAUAAGGCUGAACACAAUGGCAGUGUGCCCAGUGAUUCAAUAUUAGCAGCUUUUGGUAUCUUCAUUGAGGCCUCUAAUGACACUGGAAAACCAGAGAGCUGGAAAAUCUUAACGUCUUAUCUCACAGAAAUUGCCAGUGCAGGUGAUAAAACGCGUGUUUUCGACAACCUCACCAUGGAUGAUCUGCUUUCUGGAGUGGACCGGACUAAGUAUUACCGCUAUCUUGGGUCUUUGACUACACCAAACUGCGAUGAAGGUGUGAUUUGGACCAUCUUUAAAGACCCCAUUAAAGUCAGCCGUGAUUUGAUUGACCUCUUCACUACGACUGUCUACAUCAACAAAACCUCCAACUCCCCUCUAAUGACCAACACAUUCAGGGGUGUUCAGCCCGUCAAUGGCAGGAUUGUGAUGUCACAGAUAGCGGGUACCAAAAUUACUGGCCUUAUAAUGCCAACAUCGGCUACCAAAACCACGGCUACUAUAAAACCAACAUCGGCUACCAAAACCACAGCUAUUCUGAAGCCAACAUCGGCUACCAAAACCACGGCUAUUCUGAAGCCAACAUCGGCUACCAAAACCACGGCUGUUCUGAAGCCAACAUCGGCUACCAAAACCACUGCUACUAUAAAACCAACAUCGGCUACCAAAACCACAGCUAUUCUGAAGCCAACAUCGGCUACCAAAACCACGGCUAUUAUAAAACCAACAUCGGCUACUAAAACCACGGCUAUUCUGAAGCCAACAUCGGCUACCAAAACCACGGCUAUUCUGAAGCCAACAUCGGCUACCAAAACCACAGCUAUUCUGAAGCCAACAUCGGCUACCAAAACCACAGCUAUUAUAAAACCAACAUCGGCUACCAAAACCACGGCUACUAUAAAACCAACAUCGGCUACUAAAACCACGUCUAUUAUAAAACCAACAUCGGCUACUGAAACUACUGGCCUUAAGCCAAAGUUCAGUCUUAAAACUACUAGACCUCUAAAGCCAGCAUCAACCGCAACAAACCUAUCCCAGGCUUACAUUUUUCCUCUUCUUAGUGUCAUUAUGCUGUACGGUGUUCUAUCUCUGUAAAUGUUUUUCAAAAUGUUGAGAUUUAAGAUGGCUUUGUGAUUUGAAAAAUGUUAUUUGUAUAAAAAAAAAAGCAUCUGCAAUGUAAAUUUUUAACUGAUUUAAUGUUGUAAGGGUUUAAUUUCAUUGUAUUCAAGUGUUUCCUUGUUUUUGGCUAGUUUCCUGAAAUGGUUUAAUAUGAAACUGCCUUUCAGGUUGUGCACUACAGGUCUUAUUUGGUUGCAGUGCUGGGUGUGUUUCAUAGGGGGUUAAAUGUUUGACUUUCAUGCACCGCUUUGAAAGCAUUUGAGCUGCUUGUAGUUUUUGCAUUAACGCACUUAUUGUAACAUGA